AUGUCAUCAGCCAACGCAGCUGCAUCAACUACAUCACCAGAGAAGAAGGCAAAGAAGGUCGAUGGAGACUACCAAGAGCCUGAAUAUAUAACGAUCGAGGUCACCGAUCCACUCAGAAUCGAGGAUUACAUCUCCUACAAGAUUACUACACGUACCACCUUCCCAGAGUACUCUGAGCGCGAGUUCACCGUGCGUAGAAGAUACAAGGAGUUCUCCAACUUGAGAGACCACUUAAAACAGAAGCUGUCAGAGAAGCCAAAGGCUAUCAAGUUUGGCGAGUUGUACCCAUUGCCAGGUAACAACCUGUCUUCACUUUUUGGACAGGGUCGUUUCGAAGCAGAGUUCAUCGAGGAGCGCAGAAAAGCACUGGAACAAUUCCUCAACUCUGUUGCCAACCACAACUUCUUCCGCUUCGUCAACUACCUACACCGUUUCCUUCAAGAUAAGGAUGCCACUUUCCUUUAA